CACACACACACACACACACACACACACACACACACACACACACACACGCACAGCAUGGACGCAUCUCUCACAUCAUUCCGUAGCUGCAUUUAACCUCAUCGGCUGCGUUUAUUGGCGACCUGAUGACAGAACGACUCUGAUUUCCGUGGACACACACACACACACUCUCGCUCACACACACACACACACACACAGACACUCGCGCGCGCGCGUUAAGGUCGUUUUUCCAGCUGUGGAGCAGACAGAGAAUGAAGCGCCUUUUUCUCCCAGCCGUGCAGGACAAAGCCAUGAACCCCUGGCUGCUCUUCGCUUUCCUCGGACUCUGUGCAGCAAUUGGACCCAGUAAACAGGAGGAAGAAGACUAUGAAGAUGUUCCCAUAAAUAAGACCUGGGUCUUAUCACCAAAAGUCUAUGAGAGCGAUGUGACUUUGAUCCUGAAUAAACUGCUGCAGGGCUACGACAACAAACUGCGGCCUGACAUCGGAGUGAGGCCGACGGUGAUUGAAACAGCCGUGUAUGUCAACAGCAUUGGACCAGUAGACCCCAUCAACAUGGAAUACACCAUUGACAUCUUCUUUGCCCAAACAUGGUAUGACAGUCGACUCAAGUUUAACAGCUCGAUGAAGCUGCUCAUGCUCAACAGUAACAUGGUAGGCAAAAUCUGGAUUCCGGACACAUUCUUCAGAAAUUCCCGCAAAUCUGACGCCCACUGGAUCACUACUCCCAAUCGCCUCCUGAGGCUGUGGAGCAAUGGGAGAGUCAUGUACACACUGAGGUUGACUAUUAAUGCGGAGUGUUACCUUAAGCUGCAUAACUUUCCAAUGGAUGAGCACUCGUGUCCACUGGAGUUUUCAAGCUAUGGAUAUCCCAAGAAUGAGAUCAUGUACCGGUGGCAGAGGCGUGCGGUGGAGGUGGCAGACCAGCGCUACUGGAGACUCUACCAGUUUGCAUUUGUAGGAUUGAGGAACACUUCUGAUGUGGCACACACCCAGUCAGGGGAAUAUGUUAUCAUGACGAUCUUUUUUGACCUGAGUCGGAGAAUGGGCUACUUCACCAUCCAGACCUACAUUCCAUGCAGCAUGAUCGUGGUUUUGUCCUGGGUCUCCUUCUGGAUCAACAAGGAUGCUGUCCCAGCCCGCACAUCUCUAGGUAUUACCACCGUGCUUACCAUGACAACUCUGAGCACCAUCUCCAGGAAGUCCCUGCCCAAGGUUUCCUAUGUCACUGCCAUGGACCUGUUCGUCUCUGUCUGCUUCAUCUUCACCUUUGCCGCCCUCAUGGAGUACGGGACGCUGCACUACUUCACCAGCAACAGACAGACCAAAAAAGCUAAAGCCAACAAUAACACACAGCAGAAAGCAUCCAGCAUGGUGAAUAUCCGACCUGGAACAUCUCUGCUGCAGAUGAACAACAUUGUGCCCUAUCACGAGGAGGCUGACUAUGCCUACGAGUGUUUGGAUGGAAAAGACUGCACCAGCUUCUUCUGCUGCUUCGAUGACUGUCGCUCAGGUGCCUGGCGCGAAAACAGGAUGCACGUACGGGUUUCCAAGAUUGAUUCUUACUCACGAAUAUUCUUCCCCACUGCAUUUGGCCUUUUCAAUCUGGUUUAUUGGAUAGGUUAUCUCUAUCUAUAAAACAAGUACCUCAACAAAAAAACAAAAAAGGAUGACUGGAGUUUAACACCUGUAAGCAUUUCUCAAAAGUAGAGCUGUUCUUGUAGGAGAAAUAAUAGCCUCUUACCAAACAUGUAUCACAAAAAAAGACUAAAGACCAAUUAUGAAUGGCAGUGCCUUGUUUUUUGUGCUAGUGAUGAGGCAUGGCAAAUAAGUAAUGUCAUGUGUAAUAUUAGUCUGUCCCUCAAACCGUUAAACAUCUUGUUCCAGAGAAAGAUAGGUCAACAACGACUGGGUACUAUAGUCCUAAUGACUGGGUAUAUAUUAAGAACACUAUGACAUGACAAGGAAUCUAAAAAGUUAAAGGCUGACGUUCCAUGAAAUCUGCUGUGUUUAUUUGUGCCAGGAAGUUCUUUCCAUUUUUGUGACCCUCAUACUGCUAACACUAUAAUAAGGUGGUAUUCUCUUGAAAUUGGUCUUUGGGUAUUUUUGUACCCAACAAAAAGAAAAUCUCCACUUACCACUCAGAUUUAUUUUCCUCUUCUACAAACCCUUUGGUUUCCAUUUUCUGCCACUUAUCCAGGUUGAUCAUAUAGCAGUGAGACUGCAACUUUAGCAAGGUAGUCCAGACAUGUUUUAACCUGGCCACAUCCUGCGUGAUGGUUCCAAACUUUGAAUCAGAACUGAAUAAUAAUCUUAAGCAGGGUAUGGAACUGCUAUCAAAAAGACAUCAUGACUUUUUGCAUGAUGACAUAUGUAGGUAAUCUAAGUCUAAUGACUGUAAGUAUUAGUAUAAAUCCUAUCCAACACGCUCUGUGUAGCAUUUAAGCACCUCCGACUGGCUAGUAGUUGUUAUCUCUGUUGGUCAGGUUGGUUAAGGUAAGGGGAAGAGUAAUGAUAGGGUUCGGUCUAGCCCAGGGGUCGGCAACCUUUACCACUCAAAGAGCCAUUUGGACCCGUUUCUCACCGUAAAGAAAGCACCGGGAGCCGCAAAACCCUUUUGACAUUUAAAAUGACACGGCAUGCAACGUUUUUUUUUAUUACAUUUAAUGAAGGACUGCAGAGAGAGAAAA